UGUCGGUAGGGGUGUCGAAAUCUUUCCGUUUGCGGAAGACAGGCUAUAAACUGGUCGCUUGGUUUUUAGUGCAACGCCGGAAAGCACCUUUCCUACAAAAAAUGAUAUCAGUGGAAGGAUUAUAAAACAGUGAUCAUAAGAUUGGAAGACCACGCGCAGGGGAAGGGCAGAAGUCACAGCAGAUACUGUGAUUCAUGCCGGUCUGACCCAAAUAAAAUGAGUGCACCUAGCCCGGGGGAGCGUGAAACAUUCCGAAGUAAAUACAACGUCAUCACGGAGAAGUUCGUUAUCAACUCUCAUUUGCAGUUGUUGCUCUGAUCGAGUUUAUAUCCUAGCCGCUGCCUGCUUAGAGGAAAGUGCUUUCCUGGUUGGUAGCUACACUAUUUUAUUUUGGGAUUGGUGAAAAAAGGCAACGUUUUUGGGAGUAGCGUUUAGCUAUCUUGAUCUUCUUCCGCCGUACCAAGGAGUGAUCUUGGAGAACCUGCAAUGGACAACCCCUCACAAGGACUGUAAUUGCUGUGUGUUAUUGUUCUGGUGGUGGUGUCACCCCCCUGGCCCCACUCCUCAGUUUCCCACUUAGACUCCUGAACUGCGUGUUGCCCAGAUCUACCCUUCCCAACACCACUCAGCCCCCCCCCCCAAGCAACACCAUGCUUCAGCAGAUCCUAAAUGACAUGUACAUCGAACCUGAGCUCCUCGUGGAACUGAACGAGGAGCAGAAACAGAUCCUCUUCCUCAAAAUGAGGGAGGAACAGGUUCGGAGGUGGAAAGAGAGAGAGGCAGGACUAGAGAAGAUGGAGGUGCCACAGAGACCCAAGAAAGUUGGAGGGAAGUGCAUCUCCUGGCUGAUGGGAGCAGACAGUGACGUGUGGGUCUGGGUGAUGGGGGAGCACUCUGCGGACAAGCCUUAUGAGCAGAUAUGUGACGAAAUCAUGGCGGAGAGGGCGGCGCAGCAGGCCCAGAGAGAGGCUGAGGAGCUCAGGGCCAAGAAGGAGGCGGAGCUGGUGAAGAGGUUCUCAGGCAUUUAUGUGGAUCCGGAGCUGGAAUCCUGGAGGGAGGAGGAGAAGAGGCAGGCCCAGGCCAGGCAGGCAGCCGCUGAGGAGCAGAGAAGGAGGGAGGAGGAGUUAAAGAAGAGGGAGGCAGAAGAGCGGCGCAAGGCGGAGGAGGAGGUGCGGAGGCUGGCGGAGGAGCGGACGCAGCAGAUCUACAUGGACCUGAAGGAGGUGCAGCGCAGCGUACAGGUCCAGGAGAGGGAGGACAAAGAGUGGCAGGAGACCUUGCGCAAGUCCAAAGCUGCAGACCUGCGCAGACGCUCCAUAGCCAAACAGAUGCGGGAGGACCACAGGAGGCGCUCGCUGAAGGCUCUCGAGCAAGGCCGCGUGGCCGCCAUGUCCAAGGCCUUCGGGGGUGCCAAGCCAGCCCUGCCUCCAAAACCGAAACCCAGGACCAUAACUGUGAACACCGAGACGCUGAGUCGUGUGAUUGAGAGCAAGCCAGGUGUACGUAGGACUCUGUCUUCCUCCAGCAGAGACCACAUUGUCCAUUGGUUCCGGGAGGAACAGUUACCCCUGCGAGCUGGUUUCCUAAGGGAUCAGAGUGGCAUCGCUCUGUGGUUCCAUGGAAUAAUCACGAGACAGGAAGCAGAGGCCCUGCUCAGUCAGGGGGAACCUGGGUCCUUCCUUGUUCGUGUUAGCGAGAGAAUAAAGGGAUACGUUCUCUCCUAUCGAUGCCAAGAUGAAUACAAGCACUUUCUCAUCGAUGCCACAGAGAACUGCUACAUGCUGCUAGGAGACCAGAUCAAAUUUCCUACACUGACUGACCUGGUGGAGUACCAUGAGGGGGAGCCCCUUACCAUGUCAGGAGGGGAGCGGCUGCUGAAGCCAUGUGGACAGAGGCCGGGCUGCGUGGAUUACUCUGACCUUUUCACUUGACUUCAGGUCCCACUGUGACGGCCAAUGAGACACCAGAGACAAGUGGCAGUGGCAGUUUUCCAUUAAGGAGGAGUCACUCAGCAGCAAAAAGAGGGAUUAUUUAGGCCAUAUCUUCAGUGCUGGAACUCAUUCCAUAUGGGUUUUCCCACACAGUACCUCAUUUACAGUCAACUGCAGCUGUCAUGUUCCUGUGAAUACUGAUUCCUGGACCUCACGUGGCUGUUUGAUGAAAGUGAAUUCACAGUACAAGGUUCUCCUCUGUAAUUGCUUGUAUGCAAGGAACUGACCUCAGUAAUGACUUCAGUGAAAACCUGUUUUGGGAAUGGUGAAUGCCUUAACUUCCACUAUGGUUUUCAGCAGAAAUGACAAUUAAGUUUCGGUAUAUUUACCAAUAUAUGCAACACUUAUUAAAUUACUAAAACACCUCAGAAGUAUUAUAUAGUAUGAAUUGAUAACACUCUUAUUUCAGAGAACCUAAGUGCUACAUUUACCAGCUGUUAACAUUACAGGUACUUGCUCUGAUUUGAUAUGCAGGGAAAUUGAUAAAAUGCCAUUUCAUCAGCCUGUAAAAAGUGAGUGGUCCCUCGUUGCUUAAAGUUCCUAUUGCUCUGGAUCUGUUUAUGCACCCAAACACACAUUUAUUUGUGGCAUCUGACACUGUAUAUCCAAGAUGGACUAAUGUCAUAAUAUUGUCUCCCAUUACUGAACCAGGAUGGAGUUAAAGCUGUAACAGAUUGUGGUAUAGUGGGAAACUGGUGGUGUGCGUAUUUAUGUGAAGGAGGUCCUCUUUCAAAAGCGAGUGCCUGUCCAGGUAGCAGUCCUCACAUGGCAGAAUGAAACUGUUCUUAUGAAGGUCUGCCAUUUUAAAAGCAUUCUGCUGUAUAUGGAUACAUUGCAGCUUUCCCCAGGAAAUAAAAGGCACAAACACCAUGGUAAAUUUUAGUUUAGAUAUUCUAAAAGCGAACAUGCCGGGAUAAAACACACUGCUUGCACAAAACAUAUUUACAAUGAUUCACACGAUUCAACAAAGGGGAGUUUCCAUAAGUGUUUUCCAGCUUGAGCUAGGUCAACAUGUGAGCGUGUUUGUUUGUGUAGCAUUUAAAAUUGUUCUAUCAAAAAAAUCCCUGCUGUGAACAAAUGGGCCCGAAAAAUUCAGCUCUUGUCACAAAUCCUAUUGAAAUUAAUUUUGGCAUGUUUUGUGCAUAAUUGAACCCCUUUCAAAUACUUAGCAGUCAAACUGCGUGAAAAAUUCUGGGGAACACGAAUGGAAUUCUCAAGUGGAAUUUAGUGUAUGGAAACCAACCUGUCCAGUAAAAACAUCAUAGGACACCAGUGUCACAGUCAUCAUUCAGUAACUUGUACAUGGUGACUAGCAUCGUAAAAUCCCUUUAAUCCAACUGUAAUACUAAGGUGCAUCAUCUCUCCAUAUUGCAUUUCAGAAGUGACUGAGAAUAAUGCUUUACUAUAUAAGAUAAAGAGGACUGGAGACCCAUUAUACCCUUAGAUUCACCCAUAACUUCCAGUG